AUGACAUCGACCAGUCCCGCCGCCCGUUCCUGGGCCCUCUCCUCGGAUCACUCCAGCACCAAACCUCAACCCCUGGAGGCGCACGACAGCAGAGGAUCGCACAACACCAACACCAGCACCAACACACGAAGCGAUAACAGCAAUUUGCACGCGCAUCGCCAAAAUCACAAUUCCUCCAAACUGCCGGCAUUUCGUUUUGUCGAUUUAAGGAAAGAUCGCAUUUCGCUACCGUCGCUCCAACAGCCCACCCCACUCGCGCCUGUCCUGUCGCAAACCGUCGCUGUUGAUCCCCUAGAUCCAACCCGGCGCAUCCCUGAAUUGUCGCAUCACAGCCUCCACCACUCGAGCAGCACCCCAACUCUCCCGGAUAAACCGGCCUCUUCCGAGUCAAAGCAAAGCGACGGUGCCACGAGGACUCGUUCCUUCAAAUUCCCUAUUCAAGCGACCGAAACGACAUCCAACAGCUCGUCCACUGGCUCAAAGCGCCCAGCGUCAUUUCCGGAGCCACAGAGAACCACCGCCGGCGACACGCCUGCGGCGCAAUCGCAACCCACAUUUACCGCGAUCCCAGUAAUCAAGCGUCGCCUGACAGAGAGCGCUGUCAAAGAAGCGGCGGCGCAAGGGCAACGGACAUUGCUGUUGGGCAAGGUCGUCGGGGCCACAAAGUCGGAGGACAAAAAGUCGCGCCCCCCAAUAUCAUACAACCCGCCCGCCACGGCCGACGCCGCCGCCACUUCGAGUGGGCGCGCCGUUAUUCCCCCUAUCAGGUCUUUCCGGUCUUCUAAAUCACGCAAAAGCGUCGUGCUCGACAUGCCCGGCCGGCACACCUCGGAAGACUCGUACAACGAAGACGCGUUGGAUCCCAACCAGCGCGACCGCGCAUUACGAACCCUUGAAGGCCGACAUAACGAAGACUUCUCGCACCCCGCCCCCUCUGACUCCGGCGAAAUGACCACGACUACCGACAACGAUAAUACCGCAGACAUCUUUAUGAAGAUUGCGCGAGAAGACCCGGCGCCCCGGGCAGCUGAGAAACAAGCGGCUCCCGCGGAGCCGAAUGUUAUUACUCGAGUUGCGAGGACACAUCGUCGGCCAUUCUCAACAUCUACCCCUGCCUACGAUGCACCUUCACCUCCCGGGUUGUCGCGUCGCCUUUCCGACCAACGCGAUGGUUCACGAUUUCACCAAGCAGCUGAUAACCACCCGGCCCAACCACUGACGCGAGAAUCGUCAUAUCGCACGCCCGGGAGAGAGAACCUACCUCCCAUCACUACCAGUGCUGACAACUCGAGCCGCUCGCAACCCGGCCGGAGUUCUAUGAGGCCAUCCCCCGUUACUCCCAGGCAAAUCUCGUUCAAAGACUCCUUGGGGGAGAGUAGUUCGGCAUAUCAACGCAGAAGGCAGUCGCUCACGGAAAACAACAGCAGCAGCUCAUCCCCAAGAGUGACCCAAUACAGGAACGCAAACCUGGUAAUGACUCAGGCUCGGACAUACCACUCCUCACCACUGGUCCCCAAGUCCGCAAAUGUUCUACCUGAUGGGCCUCAACCGAAUAGCUCGGAGACGAACCACGGAGUCGAGGGAACUGAGUCUUCUUCGUCAACGGCCGCGCCAUCCACGGUUUGGGAUGAGCUUGACGAGCUGAAAUCGAGAAUCCAUCGGUUGGAACGAACGGGCAAAAUGCCGUCCACGUCUGGCGGAGAGGCCAACAGUGGCAGCACUCCGCUGGCGCCGCGCGAGACGCAACCCCUGCUCCUAUCCGCCCUCAGCAAAACGAAGAAUCUGGUCAAGCCAGACGUGUUCACCGCCAUCGAAUCAGCGGCGACCGAUGCCAUGGCCCUGACAUCACUGAUUGGCUCCAUUGGCCAACCAGGGCCGAUUUCGAGCAGCGCGAGUACGAUUGGGGGAUACAAUGGCAGCGUCACGGACAGGCAGCUGCGUAAAAAGGCCGAUAGCAUUUGCAGGAGUCUAACUGAACUGUGCCUCGCGCUGGCUGACCCGGCAGAGCGAAAGAAGGAACCCCAACCGGCGACGGCCGCUCUCGAACAAGGGGCAAUCAUCAGCCCCACCACCAACAACAGUCCUUCUCUCGAUGUGGUUGCACCUCACAGGCGGCCUAGCGCCGUUGCGGAAACGGUGAUAAAAGCAAGCACGAGCCCGAGAGCCCCGACAUCUCUAGAACAAAAGAGGAAGACGAUGUUGGCCAGCAUCUCACUUCCCGCUUCCCGCUACACCACGGGCCCUACCACGCCGUUGGAGUCUACAGCCGGGCGGAAAUCGUCUCUCCUCCUGUCCCGGAUCCGCCGAACAACAACCGACGAGCCCGAAGAGGCGCCCCAAACCGGAAGAAGGUCAUCGUUGCUAUUGAGGUCCAGGAGGAACGACUCCGAAGAGCCCGAGGAGAACCGCGAAGGGCGAAAAACAUCUCUCCUGCUUCGCACCCGGAAAACCAUGGGCGACGAGGAAGACGAGUCGCGCGCCCGCGGCCCCUCCAGGGCGGUCACCGAGAUGAAUAAUUUCCGCAUGAAUCCUCGCGAGUCCACCAUGAGUGUCCAGAAUCAUCAUCAGUCUCCCUCCGAGGUCCCGGCCACCCCUUCCGCCUUGCCACGUCGCAGGAUGAUCCCAUCUGCCAUCGCCACCCGGCUCGCUGCCGCAAUCCCCUCGUCCUCGACACCAACUACCCCAGCACGCAAGUACCUCGAACGAAGCUCGUUCCCGGACCGUGGCACGCCUCAGGAACGCGGCGCUUACCAGGACCGAGGCUCGUACCUCGACCGCAGCACACAUCAGGAGCGUGCAAUCAACAACCUCUCGGAGAGGCUCGCCGAAGAGAGAGGCCAGCAGCAGCGCCAGGCCUCCCUAAGCCAGAGCAGCAUCGUGCUCAACAGGAGCGGUAGCCUCGGCCGCCGGACGCGCGAAACCGGCAUCCCCAGUCUCCGCUCUUAA